AUGAUGCAAAAGUCAACGCAAGAGUUGAAGACCGGAUGGUCUAUGAAGCAGGCGGAUGACAUCUCUGACGAAUGUUGGCUCCCUGUAAAAAGGGUUCCCAGCCAAGUCCACAUUGACCUUAUUGCCAACGAAAAAAUUCCCGAUCCGUUCGUGGAUGCGAAUGAACUUGCGGUACAAUGGAUCGCAGAAAAGGACUGGGUUUACCGCACCAAGUUCACGGCACCAUCUCGAGAAGGUACCACAACAGACUUGGUAUUCCUCGGGCUCGAUACAUUCGCUACUGUGACUCUAAAUGGGAUCACGGUCCUGGAGUCGGAGAACAUGCAUACUUCGCAUAGGGUGCAUAUCUCCGAGUUCCUUCUUUCUGGUCAAGAGAAUGAGCUCCAGAUUGUAUUUCAAUCCGCACUUCUCCGUGGGCGAGAGCUGGUCCAUCAGCAUCCGGAGCACGUCUUUCACGUUCGACAGACUGAAUCGAGCCGCAUCCCCGUACGUAAAGCACAGUACAAUUGGGGCUGGGACUGGGGCCCGAUCUUGAUGACUGCAGGACCUUGGCGCCCGGUUGUACUUGAGCAGUACACUGUCAGGAUCGAUGAUGUAUGGACACAGUACGAAGUAUCUGCAGACAACAAAACAUGCUCUGGAAACUUGUACGCGCAAGUUGGGGCAGGUGCGCAAGAGGGGGACACUGUCGUUUUGUCCCUGUUUAACGAAGACAAGGCAGUCUUUGAGCAGAAAUGCGACAUUGGGCCUGAUAGAUUGGUAAAGGCUACAUUUAAGCUUGAUUCUCCUUCUCUGUGGUACCCACACGGUUAUGGGUCGCAGUCCCGUUACCAACUGUCUGCGGACCUCAUCCGUGGGGACACGAAACUAGACGGGAAAAUCAAACUCAUUGGGUUCCGACGGUGUCAACUAGUGCAAGAAAAAGACGACUUUGGCAAGUCUUUCUACUUCCGGAUCAACGGUGUCGAUAUAUUUGCCGGCGGGUCGUGCUGGAUUCCUGCCGACAGUUAUCUUGCACAAAUAUCCAAGGAUCGUUACCUUGACUGGAUGAAACUCAUCGUAGAGUCCAAUCAAGUAAUGAUUCGUGUAUGGGGCGGUGGAAUCUAUGAGGACGAUGCCUUCAUGGAGGCAUGUGAUAUGUUAGGCAUCUUAGUCUGGCAUGACUUUGCCUUCGUGUGCGCCAGUUACCCAGCCUACACCUCCUUCCUUGAAUCCGUUGAGGAAGAGGUACGACAAAACAUUAGGAGGCUGAGAUCGCAUCCAUCUUUGGUAAUAUGGGCCGGAAACAACGAGGACUACCAGGUCCAGGAGAGGUAUAAGCUUGAAUAUAACCAGGACGACACCGAUCCGGAGUCCUGGCGACGGUCGACCUUCCCGGCGCGGUAUAUCUAUGAGCAUUUGCUGCCAAAAUGGGUGCAGGAAGAGGACCCAUCCAGAAUUUACCACCCUGGAAGCCCUUGGGGCGAUGGGAAACACACAACUGACCCAACUGUGGGCGAUGUUCACCAGUGGAAUAUCUGGCACGGCCAAAUGCGCAGAUAUCAAGAUUCUGCGGGACUUGUCGGGCGUUUCGUGAGCGAAUUUGGAAUGGAAGCCUACCCUCACGUCGAGUCCCUUCGCCGGGUCAUCACCGACGCACAGCAACAGCACCCUGGCUCAAUGAUGAUGGACUUCCGAAACAAAGCUGGUGAUCAUGAACGCCGCUUGAUGACGUAUGUUGCCGAAAACUUCAUUGUGCCGUCAGACCUCACAUCCUUCACCCACAUCACCCAGGUCCUCCAAGCUGAAACGAUGCGGUACGCAUACAAGGCGUGGAGGCGGAGCUGGGGACGACCGGGUGCUCGAGAAUGCGGCGGUGUCCUUGUGUGGCAGCUGAACGACUGUUGGCCGACCAUGUCAUGGGCCAUUGUUGAUUACUACUUGGUCAAGAAGCCUGCGUUCUACGCGAUAUCUCGAGCUUUGAGACCACUGGAUGUUGGUAUAUCUCGUACCUGCCCGGUGUGGACCUCGGGCCAUGCCGAUCCAAUGUCUACCAACUCAUGCGAAUUCGACUUAUGGAUUGCGAGUAGCCGCCAAGAGGCUGUUGAGGUUGAGGUGAAGGUCAAGUUCAUCUCCAUACGGUCGGGUAAUCUGGUUAGUGACACUAUCAAUAUCACGACACUAGCGAGCCCGAAUGCCACAACAGAGAUCCUCGGAAACCAACGUGUAAAGGUGUCCACGACUUGUCACAGUGCGGACUAUGAGAACUUGGAUUCGUUCGUCAUCCACGCAGAGUUGUAUGUUGGGGGACUGGUUGUGGCAACCGACACGGCUUGGCCGCAGCCCUUGAAGUAUCUGAACUUUUCGAACCGGAAUGUCAGGGUUGAAGCCUCCCCAUCCCGGGAUGAGAUUACCGUGUGGGCGGAUCUGCCGGUCAAAGGUUUCGUGUUUGAGGAGAGGGAAGGCUUGAAGCUGAGCGACAACGGAUUUGAUCUUGUACCGGGGAGAAGAAAACGAUCACUGUGGGUGGAAAGGGCGCAACAACCGCCGAGCUCUCCUGGACAUAUGUUGGUGCAGGGCCACAUCAUCUCGGAAGAGAUCUUAAACUAUGAUCAAUGUUCA